AGUGAAACAGAAUCUGUAUUCGCCCAAACCCGGUCCUCUUUGAAGCCACAGCAUUUAAUGCUGGUGCUCUUUUCGAUGCUAUGCAUUAUUUUCUCUAAUGUUAAAAGAAGAAGAACGGCACGACUCAAUCAACGUUCGAAGGUGAUGCUUAUGCCUUUGUAUUGUUGAGAUUCAGUUGCGUUUUUCGAUAGAUAUCAACGUUUUUGUUUCCUGUAAAGCUUAUUGGAUAGAUUCAAAGUGAUAUUACAUUGCAGCAAACCAGUGCUGGCUACUUCUUAGAUAAUCGAAGCCAAUCUAUUCACCCGGUCAUGGCCAGUAGUUGCUCCUCGGCACCCGCGGGUGCCGAAAAACUGCGUGUGCUGUGCUUGCAUGGUUUUCGAACAAAUGCCGAUAUACUGGAGACGCAGCUGGAAUUUUCCGUUCUAGGAAGUCCACAAGUCAAGGAGUUUGUGGAUUUUCAUUGCCUCAAUGCUCCGCACAGAUGUGAGAAUAUCCUGAAAGUGCCUGCGGCGGUUAGGGCUGCCUUCGGCUCGCAGAAGAACGUGGGUUAUCGGGAGUGGUGGAACCGAGACGGCGAGACUGGAACUUUGCGAGGCAAGGAAGCAACUUUUAAGUAUCUACGGCAGCACCUGGAAGCAAAGCGUAGAGAAAUGCGUAGAAAGAGUGCUUCCCUAGAGGAUUUCUACGACGGCAUUCUGGGAUUCAGCCAGGGAGGAGCAGUCUCUGCACUCUUUUUGCAGGAUUUGUGGGAAGAGGGAGUAGCAGAAAGUGCGAGUUCAUCUUCGCAUGGUAAUGCAAAAUCGCUUCAAGAAAGGGGUCAAGGUAAUUACACAGAGUCGUCACGUAGUAGUGUAAGUGUUUAUACCGAUGAAAAUAUGCCAGGCUCGUUUGAGCACGAAAGCGUAAUGACAACUACUCCGAUGUCGACCAGGGCAUCUACGGGUGCAGACUCUCAGGAGAAGAGUGUAGAUAUAUCGAGUGGCCAGGAUGAAUUUUCGAGUGCGACGACAUCGAUAGGAUCCUCAUCCGCUGCCUCAUCCGCAAGCUCUUCCUCUUUAGCUGCCGACACCAGCGAAGAUCUUGCUACGGCGAAAAAGACGAUUACAAAUACGGAAGAGGACUCGCGUGGUGCAACCUCCCCCGGUCCGUUUAGUCCUUCCGACAGGAGAAAGGAUAACACUUCUACUGCGAAGACGACCGAUGCAGUGGCAGGUGGUAGCACAGGUAUAGAUCAGAAGGAUGAGUGCAAGGCCUGCAGACAAUUACAAGAAAAGCUACCGCAGGAGCAGCGUGCAAAGCUAUUAGAGCAGGAAGUAAAGGGUUGGGGCAUGGCGCCUCGAGCGAACAUACCGAAGUUCGCAGUCUUUCUUUCGACUUUCGCGCCGCAGGGUUUUCAGAAGACGGCGCCAGAUCAGGCUUCUUCGCCUGAAUAUUACUACACCCCCGGUCCUCCGUCGGAAGCGGAGUCACCGCCUAGAGAAGAUACCAGUUCUUUGAAUUUUAGUAAUGGAGUAAUGCACACCAGCGGCUCUGCUCGACGAAGUGUAUCUUCAUCCUCCGAAUCAUCCUCCGAGCGCGAAGCGAACAGCAAUGUGACAACUAAUGGCACAAUCGGAAAAACAACAAAUAUGCAAGAAGCUGGUCCCCCUGCUGUUCCUGGUUCUUCCAGCGUACCUGAGCACCAUCAUCAGCUAGAAGUUAAUAAGCACUUUUUGACGACAAUGCCGGCGCUUUUUAUGGGUCAGGGAGAUGAUAAUGAUAUCCCGCUAUCCUGGACGCGGUUGCUGGCGCACUGUUUUCAACGUGGGACGAUGGUGAGUAAUCCGCAAGGGGGACACAAAAUAGCAGCAAAGCACCAAAUGCCGCAAGAAAAUGUCGACGCCGUAGUGGAUUUUUUUCGCAAAAGAUGGCAUGAGAAAUUCGAUAAGGGAAUGAAUAAGACGGGCGCUAAAACCUCCGAUGCGCCAAAUAAACUGUAAAGAAAGAAAAGCGGUCGGACGGUAAGAACACUUUUUUUCAACUUCAUACGAAAACGAAAUCGAUACGAUAAUAUCCGCGUAUCUAGAUCUACUUUGAAGACAUUUGCGUACAAAGAUUAGGUAUGCAACGCGGUACUUCCUACUGCUUUCUAUGGUCAUGGUAUUUCUAUGCUAAAAUCAAUAUGAUGAUUUGACCUUGUUCUUCUAUGGCAGUAAGUGCUCACUCACUUUGGGAAUCAAGACUGAGCGUUAUAUGUCCUCUUGCCACGUUUAUACCAGAGUCUAACACGUCUUUCUCUUGAAGUUGGCGCGAUGAGUCUUUCUCUCGUUUACGUUUUCUUUUUUUUCAUUCGAUAAUGUUAAUGUGAUGAUCGAUGAGACGAAGAACAAUGCUGCGAUGUUUUCUUUAGACACGAAAAUCGAGGAUAUUUCUUCGAAUCAAUUAAA